GAGCAUGGCAAGCCCAAGUCGACCCGACCCGCUUGAUCGAGGAGCUAGCCAUAGUCAAGACCAUGAUACACAUGCUGGACACACCGACGGCGCGCAUUGCACAAUACAGAUCCCAAGUGGAGUCACGGAUACAGAGACAGCAGACCGUCGAGAGCCAGCUCAAAGACCUCGAUAAGGAGCACAACGAAAUCAAGGGCGAGAUUGCAUCCCUCAAGGCACUCAUCUCCGAGGCCAAGCAGUAUCGAGAACACGCCGAACUUUACGAAGACAGCUGUGACGGGGAUGGAGAGUGGACGAGCAGCAGCGUAACCACGGAAUACACCAACACCAUCUGGCGUUUCUCCAUCAUGAACGAGCUGAAUCCGAACAACACGAAGCACAGCGUCAACGGCAGGCCGAGCAAAUUCAGGAGCUUUCGCAACACCUACAGCACUGCUCACGAAUCCAUCACGGAGAACAUGGCUCACUACCAGCAGAAGGAGGCAUACCUGCGCGACCAGCUCAGGGCUCAGCAGGACAUCAGCAACAUCGCGAGGCUUGAACAGAACCAGCUACAGGAUGCUAAGGAGCUACUUUUGGAGGAGUUCGGACAAGUCCAGGCUCAGAAGUACCGCACCAUGAUGGCCCAGAGCGAGUACAACAGCGAGAUCGACAAGCUUCGAGGCUCUUCCCAUGACAUGCAGCGCUUCGAGAACGAACUCCAGGAGCAGCACCGACUCCAACUACAGGAGCACCUUCAGCAACACAGACAGGAGCGCGAGCGACUGCACUGCGAACUGCAGCAGGCUCAAGAGUUCGGCACCAGCAUCGACGUGGACAUCCUCAGG